CAAGGGAUACAAUACCGUUUGUCAAUAGAAAAGAGGCGUGGAGGAAGAGAGUAUUGUUAUGAAAUUAUGUGAGAGGAGAAAAAAAAUCCCAGAACAAUAUUUGACUGUACAGCUUGUCUCUGAACUCUGUAACGGAUCUGCGGCUUGCAUUCCACAGCCUAAGCUUUGUAAGUGGUCAGAAGCUGAGUACUCAAGAAAAGACUCUAGCUUAAAACAGUCAAUCUGCUUUAAGGCCAGCGUGACUUUCUUCUUAAGACCCUGCUCCUGCGAGGGUUCAACUGCCAGUUAAUUCAGUGGUCAUUGUAAAUUCUCUAAAGGAUCAGACUCUAGGUGGCUGAUGUAGGAGGAGGAAUCGUGAAACUGAACUGCCUCUAGGGAGCUGAAGAUGUACCACAUUGUAAGAGUACAGAGGGAUACCUCAGGCUUCCAGCAGCAUGAAAUUCCUAGCUGGAAUGCCAUAAGAAUCUAGAUUCUCCGCUCAGAAACUUGCUAGUAGAGACUUUCUGGAACUAAUCCUAAUUUCAACCAGUCAUUUAGGUUGAAACCCUUGAGACAAAGAUGAACUCUGAUCUCUGUAAAACAAGUUUCAAAGCUGUAAGAAAAGAUAAAAACCGUAACAUGCACCAAAUUAUUCUAAUCACAGAGAGAGUGAGAAUACAUUCCUUAGGACAGAUUAUUCUAGAAUACCAAAAUGUUUCUACUUUGAAGUGGGUAAUAUUGUUACUACUCAAAUUGCCUUAAUUAAGCAUUAAAAUCUACACCCAGAAUGGAAAGACACUACCCACCUUUUUUUUUUUUUUCUGUUUGUAGACAGAGCCUGAUGUUACUGUUCUGAGGUUCCUACUGUUAUGAAAGGCUUCCUUUAUAAGUCAAGGAACAGAACAAUUUUCAGGAUAUUUAAAGCAGGCAGAGAGUAGCUGGCCCAUCUUGCAUAUGUGAGCUUUGACAAGCACUGACGCAGUCUAUGAGGUAUCUGAGGGAGGAUUUCUGUAGGUUUUGCAUUUACCUGUAACAAAAAAAAAAAAGAAAACAAAAGGAUUUGAACGACUGUUGGAAAUUUAGACUACAAUUUUUAUUAACAUUUCAACACAGCUGUCUCAGGUAAACAAUUUCAGUGACAUGUGCAGCCAGGUGCUUUCCUGGAAUCAGCAGGUGGCCACUAACACUUAACAGAGACUAAAAUAAACAAGAACACCCCAUUUGUGGUCAAACAAUACCAAGGAAUCUGCUACUUUUCAGGUGCUGGAGGAUAAAUUUGCAAAGAAUGUGUUUUUUCUUUCAAGUUUUUACUGGGAAGGAAGGUAACAAAAGCAGCAAGAUAUAUCUAUGUUAAAACUGAAAAGGGAUUAAAGAGAAAACACUGAUUUAAUAACUUUUACAGGCCUACAGUGAGAUUCAUCUCCCCUAAAUAGACAGACACUCAAAGCGUAAACGCGUACAUCUAAGCUAGACUUCUUGGCUUUUUUUAUUGUUAGCAAGAGACAAAAACACAUCUAGGGUGCAAUUCAACUCCUUUUAGAUGUCUGCUUUCAGAUGGGCAGGCCCAUUCUCCAGACAUGCCGGUUUCCCCUCUGCUGCUGCUGGGGAGUCUAAUGGCCUGGCUCCGACACCAAUGCCUUCGCUGCCACAUCCCAAGUUCGAUCAAAUCCCACACCGGCGGCGGCUCCUACUGAAGUUAUGUCAGACGUUUUACAAGCUCCAUUUGCACUAAUAAGGCUGUCUGCAUGCACUCAGCCAGGCACAACCUCUGCGUUUCUCCCUGGGUGGGGGGUGUAAAUCAACAGGUGAAACAACCAAAUUGGCGAGAUCAGCAUUAACGCACGGCGGCCUCGCCCAGCCACCACCAUGAGCCCUCGCUUUCCAACGGCGAGACCCCUUCCGUUCCUCACACGGACACUUAGUGCCAUUUGCCUCGGCUGUAGAGGAGUUUUACCUCAGCCCUGCGCUCCUCACAAUACCCACCGAAAUGAGAAAUGGCUGACGGCCCGGGGGACUCAGGGUGAGGGGACAAGCCGUGAUGGGAGGCUGCAGGAAAGGCCUCUCUCCUGGGGAAGGCCAGCGUGCAGGGCAAAACACGGCUGGCGGCAUGAGGGAAGGGAGGGGCCCGCGGGCCGCAGCCAGGCAGGGAGGGAAGAAAACCCGGUUCCCACUCGGGGAAGCCGACUCUGAGGGGUCAGCACCCGCCCCGGCCCCCCUGGGCGGGCCGGGCCACCCGGGGCCGCGCUGAGGAGUGCAACGGGCCCUGUCGCCCCGCCGAGCCGCCACCCGCCGCGCCCGGCCCCGCCUCCGGGCGCCGCCCGCCCUUCCGGGCGCCAUGGGGGCCGGCGGGCUGUGGGUGCGGACGGCGCACACCGCCCUCAGCGGGGCCCUGGCGCUGGGACUCUUCCUGCACCGCACAGAUCUGCAAAAGCAAGAGGAGCGUGGAGAGCUGUUGCAGCCGCUGAUCUUCGUCUUACUGGUGCUGUGCUCUGUCCUGCUGUACUUUAAGGUGUCUCUCAUGGAUCCGGGUUUUGUUAAGUCUGAAGAGGAAGUGGAGGCAGGCAAUAGUGAAGAACAAAGCAUGGUGAUACCCCAAGUUCCAAGUAAUAUUAAGAUGCGUCGUUGUGGUUACUGCAUGGUGAAGCAACCAAUGCGAGCCAGGCACUGCCAGCUGUGCCAACACUGCGUACGGCGUUACGACCAUCACUGUCCCUGGAUUGAGAACUGUGUAGGAGAGAAGAAUCACCCCCUCUUCAUUGCCUACUUGAGCGUGCAGCUUGUGGUUCUGCUGUGGGGAGGUCACGCUGCUUGGUCGGGCCUCUACUUUGAACAGUCCUGGGACUGGCUGCGGCACAACAUUUUCCUCCUCAUGUCCUUCCUCCUGAUAGUCAUAUUCACCAUUGUUGUCCUGCUGCUGCUUAUUUCACACCUCUAUCUGAUCUCAUACAACACCACCACCUGGGAAUUCAUGUCACACCAUCGUAUCUCCUACCUGCGACACUCUGAGUUGGAGAAUCCCUUUGACCAAGGGGUAAUCCUCAAUCUCUGGAGAUUCUUCUGUUCAAGCCACCUCACUGCAUGGGAGAACAUCUACUUCCAGAGGAACAAUGAGCCUGUCUAGUCCCAGUAGUCCCUACCUGGUAGAGUGCCAACAAAGCUGCAGGUUGCUGGGUAAAGCUUUGCUAAUGCAACUGCUGCUGUUGCCUUGCACGGAACUUUAGUACCUCACGAACUAUGCAACCUGUUCCGCAGUCCUGCAAAUUACAUAUUAAGGACAGUCAGGGUUAUUUUUUAUAUAUGAAUAACACUAUUAAAGGGGAGACACUGGUUCUGGGAAGGCCAGCGGGGCUGGUUUCUGGACUGAGCAAAGGUAUCUCUGAAUUUACUUCCUUUUGCUAACUGCAUUCACAUUUCUCCAGAAGAGAUGCAAGAGUAGUGUGAACAUCCAUGUUCACUUCUCUUCCACAAAGUUUCCCCCUCCGUUUGCUGCUAGAGAACAGCAGGUAUUACAGACAAAACCAGUCAGAAUCAAUAUAAUUCCUGUGGCCUUUCUUCAACAUAGUUCUCACUGUGAGAACCGCAGUGCCUUUUGUCAGUAGUGUUGGGCACGUAACAGAAAUAUUUGAGUAAAUAUUUGGACAGUCAAAAGCAAAUUUCAUUUUGACCCCAUGCCUCAAUGCUUUUCACAAAUAUUUGAGUGUUAAUAGCGUUAACAUGCAUGAGAAACAGCUCUAAGGCACCAAAUUCAGCUUAUGAGAUAAUUAGCCUGUACUUUGUGAUGCCCUGACCAGCUUUCUAACAGUUUUUUCUUUAAGUUGACGGUGCUGUGAACAGUUCACAGACUAUUUUGAACAAACUCAGCAAAGAAUGAUACCACCCACUUUUCUUUGGACAGAAAAGUAAUACUUGCCUGCCGAAUUACUUUUGCAGAUAGCUUCACGCUCAGUCCUUUCCGGUAGCUUGUGGUGAUAGAACCAGUAGCAGAGGUUGGUCCUUCUGGCCUAGCUCAAGUAACACUGUUGGUCAUACUGCUACCUCAACAGACUAGUAAAAGUUUAAUAGAAGAAUACAAAGUUUCAGUGCAAGAGGAAAGAGUCUAGGUCCUGUUUCAUUGUGAUCAGGGGGUGCCGAUAGCUUUCCAGGAUAGCAGCAAGCUUGUUUACCGUUCUAAUAAAAGGUCAUACUUCCAAGUUUCCAUGAGGAACUAAAAGGAAAUUUGGGAUGACCAAUUCUAGCUUUAAAAACAGAAAAGGCUGUGGUGUGAAUUUUAGUUCUGACACUUUUAAAAAAAAAAAACAA